AUGGAACCUUCCUCCCCAGCUGCCUUGACCAGUGAAGUUGGAGAUGGCCCCAGUUCACCUGCGGUAGCACCCGAUUCCUCACCUGUGAAGGCUAAACGUGUAGCCGAAGACGAAGGAGGAGCAGGAGAAGAUGACGAGGAAGCAGACGGAGAAGCCGAGGAAGCAGAAACUAAAGAAGCAGCAGUAAAGCCUACCAAGACAAGAGCUGCUCCCAAGAAGAGGGCCAAAACCAGUGCCACUGCUAAAGCUAAGGGAGAUCCUAAGAAACCAAGUGCUGAAGUGCUUCAACGACGGAAAGAAGGAAGAAUUAAAGCAGCUAUGACUAUUGCUGAGAAUUUAAAGAAGACAGGGAUUGGCAGAUUUGAAAAUGAAAACAAUUUCGGUCUAACAAGCGUUAAAACAGUUCCCUUGAUCAACCAGAAGAAUUAUUUCACUGAUUAUUUGAAGAGAGAUGAACAAGUGUCGUUUGUACGGAAUUGGAGGCUGGAGAAAAACCAACAACAGUUGUUGAAGAAGAAGAAGGAACAAGAGGAAGUGUUAAGGAAACAACAACAUCAACAACAAUUGGCUCAACAAUUGAAUCAGACGACUACUCAAUCAUUUGAUAACUUUGAUCUUGCACAUAUAAAGGACGAAACUAGAGAAAUGCUUACAACACCUAAACCAGAGGCUGAAGAUGACGAUGAUGAAGAAGAUGAUAAUGAUAAUGAAGAUUCGGGCGAAGGGACUUACAAACAAGGGUCUGAUACUGUGGUAAUUCAUCCCGGUUCAACAAAUAUUCGUAUAGGGAGAGCCACAGAAGCAUAUCCCACUACUAUUCCUUCAGUAAUUGCCGUUAGAACUCUGGAGGAAGAAAUUAUACACCCACAUGAACCUUAUCCAGUUAGAGAAGUUGAUGCCAAUGGAGACAUUCAAUUCGAUGAAAACUUCAACAAGAUGAAAGCAGAAGUUACCAAGGACUUCAAGGCUCGUAUGAGAUUCUACAAGAGAAGAGUGUUACCCAAUUCAAGAGAAACUGCUGCCAAUUUCAAUAGGAAACAAUAUCCAGAAAGAAUACCCGAUCAUAAUGACCCUUACCGGAAAGAAUGGCUUUUGGAACAAGAAAUCCCCACCACUACUAAAUAUUUGGUUGGUGAGGAGGCCUUGAAGUUACCUCCACAGGCAAAGGGUUGGAAAUUACGGUAUCCAAUAAUUAAAGGAAGAUUUAAUGAGGUUGAUGAUUACUAUAGAAGUCCUCAGGAAGUUUUGGGUGAUUUAUCCAACAUUGUCUUAGCAGGGGUAAAUAAGGUUCUAUUAGAAGAAGUUGAAGUUUCAGAAGAACAACCGAAUGAAUCCAACGGCAGCACUUUUUCUAAUGGAACAAAGGAAUCAUCUGAACCACUUAAAAAUGGUGCUACCACUUCUGCUUCUGCUACUGGAGAUCCUGAAGGACUCACAGCAUCAGAUUUAAAGUCGAUGAAUUGUAUUUUGGUGAUUCCCGAUCUCUACGAUAAAGCUUAUGUUGAAGCUUGGUGUGAAGUGUUAUUCAAAUACGUUGGGUUUGGGCGUAUUGCAGUGAUUCAAGAGUCUGUGGCUGCCACUUUUGGUGCUGGAACAUCUUCUGCUUGUGUCAUAGACAUGGGGAGUCAAACUACUUCAAUUACUUGCGUUGAUGAAGGGUUAGUCAUUAAUGAUCUGCGGAUAUUACUAGAUUAUGGUGGAGAUGAUAUAACCACAGCAUUUGUUAAAUUAUUGCUUGAAUCGGCUUUCCCAUAUAAUGAUAUUGAUUUACGGCUGAAGGGAGAUGAUUGGGAGUUGGCUCAACAAUUAAAGGAACAAUUUGUCACAUGCCAAGAUGCCGAUAUAGCUGUUCAAUUGUAUUCAUUUUAUAAACGGAAAUGUGGACAGAUGACGGAGAAAUAUGAUUUCAAAGUGUUUGAUGAAGUGAUGUUGGCACCACUAGGAUUAUUUUAUCCAGCAUUAUUUGAAAAGCAUUUGGAAAAGACCAAUAGAAAGAACCUUUUAUUCCCCAUAUCAAGAGAUCAAUAUCUGAUGAAACCCAAUAACCCAUUUUCACAAGCACAAGAAUCUCUAAGUAAAGGGGAAGUCACUUGUAACAUGACAGAGGAAGAACUUUUGUUAAGACUUGUGGAUUUGAAGCAGACCAAGAUGGCGAUUAAUCCAGCUACUAACAAACCUAAACCCACCAAGACUUCCACUCUGGAUCGGGUUUAUUUAGAAUCCAUUCCUCUUGAAAAAGCCAUUGUGGAGCUGAUAACUAAUGCUGGGUUAGCUACUGACUUUGAGAAGACCCGUAAAUUCUACGACAACUUGUUAGUUGUGGGUGGUGGGUUUGCAAAGAUCAGUGGGUUUGAUUUGGUGUUGAGUGAUCGAAUUAAUAUUUGGAGACCCCGAUUUCUUUCCACUUCUCUGGUUGAUGAAGUGGUAGACAAAUGUAUUCUGGAGAAGAAACGGUUUGAAAAGGAAAGACAAGCUUUAGUAGCUCAGAUAAAGGAGAAGAGGAAUGGGUCCAAUGGAAGUACAAGUAGUACUACUACCAAUGAAGCCAUUAGUAGAACUGGAACUCCCGGUGAAAAUGGAACUGGAACCGGAACAGGAUCUGGUGGUGGAGAUGACAUAAUCUUGACGUCAGAAGAAUUGCAAGCCAUUGAUAAACAAGUGAAGAUUGCAUUUGAUAUUGAAGAAUUGGAAUUGAUAAGUGAAAAGGGCCUGACCCUUGGAGUUAAUGUUCUUCCACCACCACGUGAGUUUGACCCGGAAAUGUUAACAUGGAAAGGAGCUUCUGUUUUCGGAAGAAUCAAGGUUAUUACCGAGCUUUGGAUCUCCCAUAAUGAUUGGGAUUUAUUACAGAGUCGUUGUCUAUUCUAUAAGUCUUUAUUUACCUACUGA